CCCCUGGCGUACGUAGAGUGGUUCACUCCUUUCCAAGUUGUGGAUCACAUUACAGGUAUGUACGUCGUCUCGCCCUCCACACGUCAACACCAGCGUAAUUGCUCCGUGAUUCCCUUGUCGGACAUUAUACGUACAUGCCAUCUUAUACCAUGCUGGGGCAAACAG